UUGGUAAGGACUUUGUUUUCAGAGGGGACGAAUGUCCAUUACAUUUCCAUGUUGGUCUCGAGUCAGCAAUGCAGUUGAAGAUCCUCAAACAAAAGUCUCUGUUGCUCAAGAUCAGGUGGUUCAGCUGACAGGCGAAGACGGUGAUUGGUACACCGUAAAGACGCUAGAUGAACAGUUCGGCAGAGUUCCAAAGGUUCUGACCAACGUUAUCACCAAUCCUCUGCGGGUAUCUACGGAGAAAGUAUUUUGCUCAAUAGCGCAAUAUGAUCCACAAAGGGAAGGAGAUCUGGCUUUUGGAAUUUUCACUAUUCUCGUGUCUGAAUCGAUCAGUCCCGAAGGAUGGCAUACUGGUGUGGUUGUCACUGAUACGGGAAAACGUUUAGGAAAUAGUGGGACCUACCCUGGAACUUUCGUUACAGAGCUGACUGGAUUUGUAGCGCCAGCUGUUCCGCCACCUAUUCCACCUGCUAUUCCGUCUUCGUUUACGAAAAAUUUUACUGACGUGCAUUUUCGAGAACAGUUGGCUGGGAACUCGAAUUACACUGUUCUUCCGUACGCAAGAGCAGUGUAUGCAUUCAACGCUGAGUUUGCAAACGAGUUGAGUCUCAAUGUAGAUGACAUUGUAACCCUUACAAAAAGGAUAGAUAAGGAUUGGCUAGAAGGAAGUGUGAAUGGUAAAUCAGGAAUUUUCCCUCAAUCGUUCGUUCAAAUUGUUGUGGAUCUUCCUGGUGAUGGAGCUCACGAAUCAGAACACAAGAGACAUAGCACAGCAGAAGAAGGGAUAGGAUUUGCUACUGUGCGACAUGAUUUCAUAGCUAGGCAAAAUGAUGAGUUGACGGUUAAGAUGGGUGACUCAGUGAGGAUUUUGAAAAUGGUGAAUACAGAUUGGGUAUCAUGCAAGGAUCCGAACACCGAUAAAGCUGGAAUCGUGCCAGUGGCCUUCUUGGAGAUGUACCUGGAUGAAGACGAAGAUGAUGGUCGUGAUGGCACAUCGCAUACGCGUCCUGGCAGCGUGAACGAUCACAGUUUUUCCACUAUCGGCAGUGGAUCAUUCACUCCGCAGUCUUUACCCGAUUGGCGCACAUCAACUAGACUUGAGGAACCAGCACCACCAUUUUCGAGUGCUCAGACGCAUGAGUGGGCUACAUUUGGAGAUGAUUGGAAUAGCGCUACUGAGAAGAAGCCACCACCUGCAAGACCGCCUCCGCCGAAGACUACCACAAGCAUGUCACCAUCGGAGAUGGUUUCUGUUACGGAAAUGUUUGGCAUGGCCGAGAAGCAAAACGCUCCUGUGAUCAGCGCAAAUGUCGCCAACUCGAAUCUAAAUCAGGAUGAGAAGCGAGCCAAAGUCCUUGAAGAGCUUAUAAAUACAGAGCUGCAGUUCAUCACGGAUAUAAAUGCAUACACCGAGGCAGUGGACGGAAGUACAAGGCUCUCCACCAAACAGAAAGUUAUCAUGAAAAAUGGAUGUGCUCAAGUUGUGGAACUCGCACGUGCAUUGGUACAAGGGCUUACCAAUGAACAGAUGAAGCCAACCGAACAACAAAUGAUUGGCGAGUGUUUCCUACGACUCCGAAAAUCGUUUGGUAACACUUAUGGUUAUUAUUUUCGCAAUAUCGACCAUAUUAAUUCCUUACUGAUGGCAUCGAAGACUGAUCCAAAGAUAGAGACAGCACUUCGCGAGUUGGUAGUGAGAAUGCGUGCUAGUGGUGCCGGAGUUUUCGAUGCCUCCACUGCUGUUAGCCGCCCGGUACAACGAUGUGUCAAAUACCCACUAUUCCUGAGUGAAAUCGCAAAGUAUACUUCCAUUACCCAUCCUGAUCACCCUAAGCUGCUUGAAGCGGUCAAGCAACUAUCGCACCUUGGAUCGAAAAUGAAUGAGAGCAAGCGAAGGAAAGAGCUGACCCGAAAAUAUACCGAAGAGCAAUCCACUACAUCUCUUGGGGACAAACUGUCAAAACUCACUGUCCAUUCACUGAAGAAGAAGACCAAUCGUUUCACAUAUCGUAUGGGGUCAUCGCUUGGUGUACUCAAAGUGACUAGAGAUGCAGAUUUUGACCGCCUUGUUUGUGAAUUAGAUCAAGCAGAAAGAAGACUCGUACGGUUCAAUUACAUGCUCGUAAUCUACAGGAAGAAGAUGUUCUAUGAAACACGACAACUCAUUCAAAAACGAUUAAUAGAGCCGCGUAGAAGAGAAAUACCGGGUGUAAGUGCUGAUGCUCAAACGUUUCCUUUCCAUGAAAUGAUCAAGGACUUAGCGGUCGAUCUUAACAGCAAAGUUAGAGACGAGAUAGUGAAAGCCCUGCGUGCCAUACCUAAGAAACUAAUCCGAAAAAGAAAUGAUAAGCUUUUAGACUACGAGGCUGCAAAGUCUAGUAACAAAGUGAAAUCAGACUUCAUGUCGAAAUUCAAAGACUUUGAAGCUCUGAAUAAUCAAGUGAAGCAGACCUUGCCGAAAGUCAUUGACGUGUUGAACACAGUCUUACGAGAUGCAAUGAAAACCGUUGAUGAUUUGGACAGCAGGCUGAUCUCGAAUAUUCGUAAUAAAUUUCAAGAGGAAAUCACCGCGUAUCAGAAUGAUCCGCUGGCGAGCUCGUCACGUCUAAUUGUACCUGGAAUGAGCUGCUUUGCGAACUACUACGAUCCAGACAGAUUGAAGCCACUUCAUAAUAUCGUGAACAAGGCAUCGAGAUUUGUUCGAUUGAAUAGCACGAGUCUCCCUCCUAGUACCCAAAAAAGUGAGGACAUUGGAGGAGUGAAGACCGAUGACUGGAAAGCCCCCAAUGUUGAGAAUCUAUCCUCUACCCAAAAUGCAGCAGUCAAAGCGCUUGCUGAGAAAAAGGCAUUUCGCGCUCAGACAGAGGAAGAGCGCUCUCAAAUCCUUGUGAAAGCUGAUUUGAAGAAUCGCCGAGCAGACAUUUAUCGAUGUAUGUCGGAAUGGCCAACUUCACAGGAAGCUCUGGAACUCAAUAAGUCUAGUGGGAAGAUGCUAAUCGUGAAUGCUGGAGAUGCUGUGUUAGCUGUGAGGAAGGACCCAUGCAAUAUGUGGCUGUGCUACAAUGGCUACUAUAAUGCGUUAUUACCGAGCACGAUUCUGACGCCUUGGUAUGGUCCAGGUGGUACGGGAGGUCUCGAAAUUGGUAUCGACGCUAUCACCUUGUCCAGUAACAAGAUCAGUUCCAUGAUGAAUCGGCCGCAUAGUACUCCACCGAAACAACAAACCACCAAUUUGAUAGAUUUGGAGGAUGAGCUCAUCGUUCCUGCUUCUUCUGGUCAGCCACUGCUAUCUCUUGCCCCAUUAACACCUACACCAGUUGGUGCAGCUGCUUCCAUGUCUUCACUGGAACCUGAGCUGCCCCCUAUAGAUUGGGGUGCGGGCAGUAAAACUCAACCACCAACUGCACGAGCCCCAUCACUGCCGAAUCUUGCCACUGAGACAUCGCCAGCGUUUCCGGUCACAUUCGAAGAGAACGAUGCAUUUAACACUGGACCUACGCAACUUCCACCAGCGCCAUCCCGAUUCUAUCAAAAUACUCCUGUUGCGCCAUCUACCAGUAAUGAGCAAGAUGUAUUCACGGUGAUGUGGGAGCAGAUAAAGAAUGUUCCUCUGAGCAACAUCACCCAAAGGAGUGAAUCACCUCAACCCCUUAUUCCUACUCGACCAACACAGGAAAUAAGUGUGACCCCGAAACCAUCGACUUCAUCUCCAAUGCCAGCACCAAAUCAGGAACAAUAUGCAGCCGCUCAGAGAAAUGCACCAUCUCAACCGUCGUUUGCAACUGGGCCGCCUGUCGCCACGGCACCUGCCCCGCUGUACAGUGUACCGCCACAGUACGAUGUGGUGCCUGAUAGCAAUCCUCUUUCACCAAUGCAGGCGCAGCCAUCUUCAUCUGGAAGUAGCACACAGAGAUCCACAAUUUCUCAGUCCACGUUUGCCACUGGACCUCCUGCCGCCACCUCCCCAUCUGCUCCGUUAUACAGCGUGCCACCACAGUACGAUGUGGUACCUGGCAAUUCGCUUUCAUCAGCACAGGCACAACCAUCCUCAUCUGGAAUAUACCCAGUAUUGUACGAAGAGCCACCAGCAGAAACGUCGAUUUACCCAAACAUUCCUUCCUAUGAUGCUCCACCAGUUGAGAAUGGACGGCUUCCAUCGAUUGGAAAAAUGAUUGCUCAGUUCGAUUUUAAACCGGUUGGUCCGAAUCAAAUUCAAAUAACUACAGGAGAGAAUUUGGAUUUGAUACAGGCACAUGAUGACGGCGGUAAUCCAGAAUGGAUCUGGGUGCAGCGACUAGAUGGCGAACAUGGUUUCGUACCAGCUGCUUACUGUAAGGCAAUGUAGUUCAAUAUAGUUUGAAAAAGCUUCUCCUUGGUACUAUUCAUUUCUUUAUAUGCAUUAUACUGUUUGUCACGCUAUAUCCUUGUAAUACUUACUUCCUUGACUUACCUAGUUCUUGUGUUCUGCAAAAUCUAGAGAAUAUUUAUUCUCAUCGUAUUGAUUGGAAAAUGCCCCAUCGUUGCCCCCUACUUAUAUUAUAGUGGUGCUGCUCAGUGAGAUUUUCCCGAUGAAACAAUUUACUAUCCUUUUCUCUUCUGUGAUAUAGGUAUCUGGUUAGCUCGCUAAUUUUUAGUCAGAUUUUACAAUUUCAUUGUUAUUGCGCUUCUCCGGGUACAUUAUCUUGUCCCCAUUGUCCCCGAUAUUGAAUCUGCUUACAAUCACUGCAUAAUUUGUAGGUUUUCUACAAUUCUCAGAUAGUCUUUAUGGUUGCCAUUGCAGUGUUAAUCUCUCUCUCUUUUCUGCAUGUCUUUUUUCUGUAAGCGAACUGCUUUGUACCGAUUUUGUGGUGCUGUUUUAUAGAGACUAAGAUGGAGAUGUGCAUAAUAAUUGCUUGAGUUAUACAUAUGAAUUUUGUAAUGCUUCAUGUGGAAUGACAG